UCCACUCGCGUUUCUGGAGACCACUCCGCGCGGUGCUUCUGCAGCGAACAAAGCGAAGGAGGCUGCUGUCGGUGAUCCGGGAGACCGAAACGGAUAAAACAAAAAGGAUGGCCACCCUGGUCCAAUCUGCAGAAAUGGAGACGUUAUCCUUGCAAAGCAAGCCGGGGACGUCUCCCGCUUCCUCCAGCCCCUCGCAGCACUUCAACGACGGCAAAUUCUACCUGCUGGUGGUCAUCGGGGAGAUCCUCGCGGAGGAACACCUCAAGUGUGCCAUCGUGGACAUAGAGAAAGGGAUCCGCUCAUGGGACACCAACCUGAUGGACUGCAACCUGGACCAGGAACUCAAGCUGUUUGUCUCCAGACACUCGGCUCGCUUCUCCGCAGACGUCCGAGGGCAGAGAAUUCUUCACCAUAAAAGUAAUGUCCUGGAGACGGUGGUGCUCAUCAACCCUUCAGAUGAAGCAGUUAGUACCGAGACUCGGUUGAUGAUCUCAGACACUGCCAGACACAAGCUUCUGGUUCUCUCGGGGCAAUGCUCUGAAAUCAGCGGGGAACUGAUUCUCCAGUCCGGAUCUUUCUCUUUCUUCGACUUCAUAGACAUAUUCACCGACCAAGAGAUUGGUGAAUUGCUCAGCACCAUUCACCCGGGAAACAAAGCCAACCUGACACUGUCCUGCCCUGAACAAGGCGAAUGGAAAAACUCCAACUUGGACAAACACAACCUGCAGGACUUCAUUUACAUGAAACUGAACUCCACUCCCAUACUCCCUGAAAUGGAGGGCCUCUCAGAGUUCACAGAAUAUUUGUCUGAAUCGGUAGAGAUCCCAUCUCCCUUUGACAUGUUAGAACCACCAACCUCGGGUGGAUUCCUGAAACUCUCCAAACCAUGCUGUUACAUUUUCCCCGGCGGUAGCGGCGACUCUGCUCUCUUUGCUGUCAACGGCUUCAACAUGCUCAUUAAUGGCGGCUCGGACAGGAAGUCGUGCUUCUGGAAGCUGGUGAGGCAUCUGGAUCGCGUGGACUCCGUCCUCAUGACCCACAUCGGUGACGACAACCUGCCGGGCAUCAACAGCAUGCUGCAGAGGAAGGUCGCAGAGCUCGAGGAGGAACAGUCACAAGGUUCGAAUGCCAACAGUGACUGGGUGAAGAACAUGAUUUCUCCAGAUAUUGGCGUUGUGUUUGUGAACCUUCCUGAAAACCUGGAUAACUCUGAACCAAACUACAGAGUGCGGAGGAACGUUGAGGAGGCAGCAUCCACUCAGCAAUUCCUCACCAAGCUAAAUUUGAGGUUGGAGCCUUUGCAAAGGCCAGUUGGAAACGCUAUUGAACCACUCAUACUGUUUCAGAAAAUGGGGGUUGGGAAGCUCGAGAUGUAUGUGCUCAAUCCAGCAAGGAACAGCAAGGAGAUGCAGUACUUUAUGAAGCAGUGGACAGGUAGUGAAAAAGACACAGCCUCCAUUCUGCUGCCAAACGGGAAAGAAUCGGAGUUCCCCGUCUCUGACUUGACUUCUAUCUCUUCGCUCAUUGUGUGGCACCCUGCAAAUCCCUUAGAUAAGGUUGUGCGUGUUCUGUUUCCUGGAAAUACCACCCAGCAUCAAGUCUUUGAAGGUUUAGAGAAGCUAAAGCACUUGGAAUUCCUGAAAGAGCCAGUUGUCACUCAGAAUUCCUUGUCUUCUAAUAUGCCGACAACACCGACCCUCAAGCAAGCUAAGAUGAAACACAGAACAGACAGUAGAGAGAGCCUAAAGUCUACCCCAAAGCCAUCACCGAGCAAAAACAUCAGGAAGGAUUCAAAGGAGGAAGAAAAGGCAAAAGCAGAUGCGGAAUCAUCUCAUGAAAAAACACAGAAAGUUGAGAAAAAAGAAAAGGUCCCCCUGAAGAAGGAGAAGCCAAAGGCACCUGAAAAAGAAUCAAAAGCAAACCCGGAGCAGGCAGCUCAAAAUGAAACUCCAGAAAAAAAGAAGUUGGACAUAAAAGCCAAAAAGGAGGUCAACGUUUCUGUGGAAAAGAAAAAGGAAGUUCAAAAAGAAGAAGCAAAGAAAGACGAUACACCCAAACACGCCAUGAAAAAAGAUGAAAAGGUCAAAAGAGAGGAGACAAAGAAAGUUGUAAAAAAGGAUAUCAGAAGAGAUUCCCCAAUGAAGGAGAAGAGGGAAGAAAAGAAAGAGCAAAAGAAAGAUGUCAAAAGGCCCUUGAAGAAGACAUCCGCUGUGGGUGAAGAAAAGACUCUAGCACCAAAACCAAAGCCCCUGAAAAAAGACAAUGCUUCAAAGAAAGACACAGGAAUCCCAUCAAAGUUAAAAGAGAAAGCAAAGGUAACAAAGAAGGAGACAAAGGUGGACAGCGGCAAGCUUGCAGCAAGUGCAGUUGCUAUUGUCGAGGAUCCACAAGUAGUAAGAUCCAUGAUGUCCACGCCGGAGGAUCUCACUAAGGACUUUGAGGUGCUUAGAACUGAAGAUUUGGUGGAGGAUGAUGCAACUGUGCCACAAAUUAAAGAAGAAGAGGCUGUGAUGAUCUACAGUGAAGAAAUAAUACAAACCAAAGAAUCCCCUAAGGCAUUAGAGUCUGUGGCUGAGGGUAUAGCCACUACGGAAGUUGAAGGAGACAAUAGAGAGACUCCAGAAGAACAAGUUCUGAAAGAAAAAUUCAACGGCAGUGGAAGUGAGAAAUUUGAAUAUGAAGGUACUGUCAUGGAGGAGACAUCUGAUGGAGGAGACUAUGAAGAGAAGGCAGAGAUAGAAGACGUUUAUGAACCACAGAGAGUGGAACCAGAUAAAGAUAAGCUUAUUCCCAGUGAAGAUGAACACCAAGACGAGAAUAAUGACAUCCAAUCAGAAGCUGGUGUUGUGGACAACGAGGAUGCAACUAAUAAAAAUGUAGAAGGCCAGAAUGUGAAUGUGGAAGAAAACAACAAACACGAUCUGUUCGUAUCAGCCUCACCAAAAGUGUCCUCACCUGUUUCUCCAGCUGCAUCUAUCCAUGACAAAAUGCUUCCUGUUGGCUUUGAGAGCGAAACAACCUCAGACAAUGAGAACAGAGACGAACUUCCUGAUGAUUACACUGCCACCUCUGGCCACACUCAGUCCAUUCUUGAAAUCUCCAGUGUAACGACUCCCAUGGAUGAGAUGUUGACUCCGAGGGACAUUGUGAGUGACGAAAACAGCAACGAUGAGUCUCCUUCACAGGACGUGGGCAGGUUCGGGACAUCGCCAUCUGGUGAGUUUGAUCGUAAGAAGCUGUCUCCACUUCCGGAUAUGCAAGGGACAAAUCACUCGCAGAGUGAUGCCACAGAAGGCCAGGACUACAACCACUCCGCUUCCACGAUAUCUCCCCCUUCAUCACUAGAAGAGGAUAAAUUAUGUAAGGAGUUUCCCAAUGAUGGGGAAGCUGAAGGGUUUCCCACAGCUCAAGAUUCAUGUGAAGAUCACAACACAGACACUGUUAGACUCGGUUCAACUUCCACAACUUCACCUCUUGUGCGUUCUCCUUCAGUGGACCGCACGUUUGACUCUCCAUCACUGUUUGUUGCUCCGAUAGAACUGUCCACCACGCUGGCUGGGUGUGCCAGAGAGACAGCGAAUCCCUCCAUCAGCACAGAUGAAAAGACAUCGGAGGGACCUAUCUCGCCUCAGUCCUCUGGUCACACACCUUACUAUCAGUCACCAGUAGAUGAAAGAGCAGGAGCUCUGCCACCUGUGUCAGAAGAUGAUGCACAGGGUCCAAUAAUAGUGGAGGUCACAAGUGAUAAAGAGGAUUCCUCAAACAGAGGUACUCCAGAGCCUCCUAAGGAGCCAGAGCAAGAAAGUUCAUCCCCUGUCGAGAGGGUAAUGUCUUCUCCAAAAGGCUCACCUUCACCUGAACACGAUUCCCCAACGAAGAUGGAAAAGUCACACUUCAAUGUAGAUCAGAGGGAAAGUGGGGUUUCAAACUUGUCCUCGGCACCAAUGACAAAACAGGAACCAGACACGAAUCCUUUCAAAGAAGAGAGUAUAAUGUCCAUUUCAGAGGGUACCACAUCGGACAAGUCAGAGACCCCUCCGGAAGAGGUGGUAGCAGAAGAUACAUUCUCACAUUUAGCUUCAGCGUCUACCGCCUCUCUGGCCACCAGCUCCUUGCCAGAACCCGCCACUGAUUCUCGCUCCCUUCAUGCUGAGGUAGGCUCUCCUCACUCAACAGAGGUAGAUGACUCUUUCUCUGUGUCUGUGGUUCAAACCCCAACCACCUUCCACGAAGCGGAGGGAUCUCCAUCCAAGGAGGAUAGCCCGAGGCCCAUGUCGAUCUCCCCAGACAUCUCACCAAAGAGGAAAAGCCGAACACAGGACACAAGAUCCCCAGAGCACUCCACGAUGUCAAUCGAGUUUGGCCAGGAUUCCCCGGACCACUCCUUCGCGCUGGACAUGAGUAGGCAAUCUCCAGAGCAUCUGUCUGUGGGAGGUGGUUCACGUGCUACAGAGAAUGGCCCGACUGAGGUUGACUACAGCCCGUCAGAUGGAGCCAAUGGAAAACCGUCUGAAGACCAUAGUUCCACAUUGGAAAGGCCUUUUCUUUUUGAAGAGAGUGAUUCAGUGCUUGCCACUUCUGCAACCCCAUCAGAUGCAUCUGAGUUAACCCCCUCGGUUACAACCCCAUGCCAGACGACAGAGAUGAUGCGUGCCGUGGCUGACCAGACAGACAAGUCUCCAGUCUCCCCAAAGGCAUCGUCCCUCGCCCAUUCUCCCCGUUCCAAUGAGUCAUCCCCAGUGCUCGGAGGCUCCCCGGCGAAAGAAAAUAGAAGCCCUUUUUCACCAUCUGCAGAGAGCGCUACUAUUCAUAAAUCUGACACGCAACAGAAAUACGACAAGUCACCCUCACCUCCCAAAGUGGAUUCUCCUUCAUCGACUUUUGCCUUUUCAAAUAAUUUGCUGGAGACCUUUUCUCCGGCAAAGGAGACUAAUCCCUUUAAAUGUGAAGAUUCUCCACUUGAGGUCAAAUCCCUUGUGAGCCCAACAAUUCCCUUUCCGUCAUAUCUGCCUCUUUCCUCUGAUCCCAGCAAUAAUAAUACUGCAUGUGGCUCCAGGGACCGAGACUUUUCCACAAAGAAGAGCCCCUCUGCUCCAUCUAAGACAGACGUCGACCUUUGUCUCGUCACUUCAUGCGAGUAUCUCCACCCCAAGACAGAACUGUCCCCGUCUUUCAUCAACCCGAACCCGAUAGAAUACUUUAUCAAUGAAGAGAAUGCCAAGGAUGAAGAGAAGCCUCUGGUCAAGUCCGGAGAAGGGCCCCCACCUCCAGAGGGUAAGCUUUCCGUCAAGCAGUGUGAGGAGACCCCGCCCACAUCCAUCAGUGAGUCUGCCCCCUCCCAGACAGAUUCAGACGUCCCACCAGGGACAGAGGAGUGCCCCUCCAUCACAGCCGACGCUAACAUUGACUCUGAAGACGACUCCGAAACUCUGCCUACUGAUAGAACGCUGACCUACAGGCAUGCCGAUCCUCCUCCGGUGACCCUCAAGGACUCUGCUCCAUCUUCGGGCCAUCCUGAUGUCUGCAUGGUGGACCCAGAGGCCCUUAAGGCCGAAGAGAACCUCCACAAUGCUAAUACAGAAGGAGGAGAAAAGCCCAAGAAGAAAAAGCUCUUGAAAAAGUCUUCCUCGCCAGCUAGGAAGACUGUUCUAUCAAAAGUGAAGGACACAAAGACUUUGUCUCCAAAGAAGAGUGUCGGAGAAGGAAAAGAUGCAAAGAAUGCAACCAAUACCUCCGCAUCUAGAGGUGUCAAAUGUGCCUCAUCAGGUACUGGCAGUGGAAAGGUACCCGCUGGUGUAUCUCUGCCCAACUGUCCUCCUAUGUACAUGGAUCUGGUUUACAUCCCUAAUCACUGCAAUGCCAAGAAUGUGGAUGCUGAGUUCUUUAAGCGGGUGCGCUCUUCCUACUAUGUGGUCAGUGGCAAUAAUCCGACCGCUCAGGAGCCCAGUAGGGCUGUCCUUGAUUCUCUGCUUGAAGGAAAGGCCCAGUGGGGAAACAAUUUGCAGGUCACUCUGAUUCCAACCCACGACACUGAUGUGAUGAGGGAGUGGUACCAGGAGACCCACGACAAGCAGCAGGAGCUCAACAUCAUGGUCCUGGCCAGCAGCAGCACUGUUGUCAUGCAGGAUGAGUCUUUCCCCGCUUGUAAGAUAGAGAUGUAGGAAGAAAACAAACCCAUGUAGCAUCAAACCUAUACGCAGACACUUAAACACUUAUAUUCUAAAAUGAUACUUCUUGUGUACUAAACCCUGACAAUGAUAAUAUCUCCAAUGAGGACAAACACUAAUACAAUUUAGCUUUGAGGAGCUUUACAUACUGUAAAGUAAAACAUCGAUAACAUCCUCAUGGGGAUUAUUAGGGAUACAUGGAUUGUGCUGGGAGGAAAUUAGAAUCCCCCUCCCCCAAAAAACCCAUCAAAGUCAUUAUUGUCCAAUUAACUCAUACAGUUCAAAUGAUGGUAAUAUUGAGAAGGUAAUGAGUUUCUUCAGAUUCCCCAGAUCGGAAUACAUGAGAGGGUUUAAUCAAUUUAGCUGCUAUGAUAUAUUCUUGAAUAACGGCUGCUAUCCACACCAAAGGAUAGAACGUUUUUUCUGUUAUUGCCUUAGGGAGAGAGUCGAAGUGAAUGUAUAAGAACUGGUGCAACUAGCAGAAGAGUAGGCAGGCAACUCUACACACUGCUGGUCAAUCCCAAAAAGGACUGUCACAUGGUCACACAGGUGGUGAAUAGGAAUGAAAUUGAAAAGACACUCAACACUGAUUAGCAUUAAUAUGAAGUUCUGACUGUUUUUAAGUGGGUUUCAUUUAAUUUAUUAUGGAUAUUUUGAUUAUGGUUUAUGUUGCUGCUUAUGUAUGAAUACUAAUUUAUUAUGUUAAAUGUUAAUUUAUUGUGCGUAAUUGUCCAGAUAGCCUUUUGCACUGUGCCACAGGAAGUUGCUUCAGAAUGCGCUCCCUUGCCUUUUGCCACAAUGCUUUUUAGAGGAUCCUUUUUUUUUUAGAUUGCCUUUUUUAUUUGGGGUUAUUUUUAAAAAAAUGAGAGAAAAUCUGAUUUUGUUCUUCUUUUGCCUGUCUUUUUAUGUAUUCAUUGAGCUGUGGGAGAGCUAGCCUUUCCCACUGUAAAGCCGGUGAAGCGGGAUAUUUUCAGAAACCUUGAAAUGUCGUGCUUUUCUCAAGCAUUGUACUAUAAUUAUAAAUAGCUUGGUGGCUGAUAGAGUGGUUGGAAGACAUGCAUGAUAUGUUAAGAUUUGAUCUCUUUUUUAUGGGGGGUUUUCUCAAACUUGCAUUAAGAACAAUAGGGCUAGGCUGAGUUAAUUAAUGUAAGGAGCAUGUUAUAAUUUUUGCAAGUCGCGCCAUGACAUUGUACACCACAGUAACUCAAGUGGUGUACAAAUGUGCAUCGUAUCAAUAUAACACUUGGCUUUGGGUGCACUUCAGGUUGAAGGCUGAACACUUCUUGUGACAGAAGAGUUUGUCCUCUUUAGUCGGGGUGAAAAGGUGACGGCUUCCAGUAGAGGCGGAGUCUUGAGAGAGGCAAGUCACACAGGUGGGAGUGAGUGACACGUGUGUUUUAGAUGAAAGUAUGUAAAACAAAAGCUUGACACUUUAAACACAUACAUGACAGAAACCAAACGAACAGCAGAUCAGCUUUGACCUUCUGGAGAGACAUUUACUCACAACUCGAUGACUACAGGCUUUGGCACUUUGGGCUCUAUUCUAUCAACUCACCAAGCUCAUCAGAUAUUUCGCUAACGACCAGAUUUCCCGCAGUGGAACUCAAAUCAACACCAUGACCAACAACACAAUCUCUGAACUGACAUUUCUUCCUCUCUUUCUCUCUCUCUGUCUCUCUGACUAUUUACCUUUGCCUUUUUCUCCUUAUCUUUCUCUCGGGAGAACUUUAAUAAGGGUUGUCUGCAGCUGGGUGGUAUAUCUGUCUUGUGCUCGUGCAUCUUCUCUGCCCCCUCUACCCCUACUCAUACGUAGCUUAUAGCAAUUAGUUUCAAUUGAAAGUAUUCCUUAGUGCUUUCUAUUGUGUCUGUGUGUGUGUGUGCAAUAUCUCCUAUACCCAUAUGGUGAAGCUGAUGUAAGAGGAACCACGACUAAAGAACAAACAUGUAAAACAAACACAUUAAAAUCUGGUGUGAAAAAAUUG